AUGCUUCUCUACCACGGUCUUUUACUUCUCCUGCACGCUUUUCUUGUGCACUCUGCUGCUCUCAAGAAGGGUCUAUCUACGGCUACCCGUGAGACAUGCCAGACGACCUUGAAAUGCCCCGAGGGCACAAUCAUCGUCUCCAACUCUUCCCACCCAGCCGCCCAAUUUAAGUCCAUCCAGGCUGCAUUUGCCUCCCUCCCUAACGACAAUUCCUCCCACACGAUCCUAGUGCUUGCAGGAACCUACCAUGAGCAGCUCAACGUCACGCGUCCCGGCCCUGUCACCCUGCUCGGCCAGCAGCCCGAUCGCAGCGCGCUCACCGAUCCUACACGCAAUCGUGUCACCAUCACCUGGGCCGCUGCCAACCACGACAACACCGGCCAAUCGGUGGACAAUGUCUACUCCAGCGUGUUGAUCGUGUCGCCUACCUUGGAAGCCAGCCUGACUGGAUCGGGUACCACAGGGUAUGCCGUUCCUGCGGACACCCCGUUCGGCAACACCGAUUUCCGCGUGUAUAACAUCGACUUCCGCAACCUCUGGGCAGACUACAGCGACGGGCCAGCCCAUGCGAUCAGCUUCAGUCGUGCCAACGGGGGGUUCUACUACUCUGGAUUUUACUCCUAUCAGGACACCGUUUACGUCGGCAAACUCGGCAACGCAUACUUCCACAAAUCCGUGCUCGCAGGCCAGACCGACUUUUUGUAUGGCUUCGGCACGGCCUGGAUCCAAUCGUCAUCCGUACUUCUGCGAUCGUGCGGCGGCGGCGUGACGGCCUGGAAAGGCACGAACACGACGUUCGAGAACAACUACGGCGUGUACAUCGUCGACUCGACCGUCACCGCAGCCAACUCGUCCAUUGCAUCGGACAUCAAGGGGAAGUGUGCGCUGGGCCGGCCCUGGAACUCCCUGCACCGGUCGAUCUUCGUCAACAGCUACGAAGACGGCAGCAUCGAGCCGUCCGGGUACAUCAACUGGAGUGACCGAUGGGCGGCCAACCAGACGCUGAUGGCCGAGCACCGCGCCUACGGGCCGGGCUUUAAUGCCACAGGCCGCAAGGAGGGCGAGGUAGCGGUGCUGUUGAAUGCGCAGGAGUACAAGCGGUACGAUUCGCUGGACAAGGUGUUUCUGACGCCUGAGGGCCAGGCGGGCAACACUGCGUGGAUUGAUUGGGAGAUAGCUGGUAAGAAAUGA